GACGCCGAGCUGCGCCGAGAAAGUGACUGCCGGCAGAGAGAGAAGGCGGGGCUUCGCAGGAGAAGGAGAGAAGUCGUUCGGACGCACCUAUGGAGCCGGUUCGGUGUCGGGAUCACGGGACCCUUUGCUUUCUGAAAACCGGAGUCCGCGAGGGCCCCAAUAAAGGCAAGAGCUUCUUCGUGUGCCGGGCGGAGUCCUGUGGCUUCGUGCAGCCCGUCGAUAUACCUGUUUCUCAUUGUUUAUUACAUGAAGAUUAUGUGGUAGAGCUUCAGGGGUUGCUUAAGCCUCAGGACAAGAAGGAAUACAGAUUGUUCUAUAGAUGCAGCCAAAGUAAAGCAGAGAAGAAACAUUGGUGUGGAAACAUCCCCUGGAAGGAGCCCAGCGCUAAAGAAGAGUUAAGCAGUAAAGCCCAGGAAGCAUCUAAUUGGCUCCAGCAUUCCAGCCAUCCAAGAAACCCUUUUAAAGUCUUAGACAAGAACCAAGAACCAUCCCUCUGGAAACAACUAAACAGUGGUGAAAAUGAGGAAAAGAGAGCUGAAAAGAAGCUGAAGGAAAAGAAAGAUCGGCUUUUGCCACAUAACAAGGAGCAGAAGUCUAUGCCAGAAUCUAGCAUACAAGAGAAAAUUCCACCCGAUGUGGUAAUAAGGAAAUCACAGGCACCAGAGAAGGGAACAGUGCUUCAGAACAAAGCAAAAGAUCACAAAAUCUCACACCCAGAAAGCUUUUCUCAGAUUAAGCCUGAUCUACCCACAGAGGAAGACUUCAGAAAACAGUCUAUUCCUCUUAAAGAGAAGAAAUCCAAGGAGGCAGGCCCCUCGAUCUCAGGUGAAUUAGCACCUAAGGGAGAAGGUGAAACUAAGCCUAGGCCUUCAGGUACUGUCAGUGUAGACACUGUUAGCCUGGCCCAGAGAGAGCAGCCUCAGAACCUUGAGGUCAAGGCUGCUCUUGGCUCCCAGGCAAAAGCCAAGAGUCACGAUCCACAAGGAGGGGCCGAUGGACCAUCAGCAUCAGCCAAAUCUCUGGGAGAAAGGAAAGGCAGCAAGGAAAACAGCGAAGUUGUUGUUUCCUCCAAACCAGAACAUUCCCCACAGGUUCAGGUGGCUGAGAAUUCUACCCAGAAAAAGAGUCUUCAGGUACCUGAGGCAAGUGAACCAAGACCAAUCCCAGAACUCACAACGACUUUGAAGAAGGCAGAGUCUUUGGACCCUGGUUCCCAGCGUUUGCAUCUCACAACACAACUGAAGCAGAAAAAGGCUACACUGGCAACAGUGAACAUUCAGGUCCUUCCAGACAAGGGUGAGAGGCUCCUCAAGCAAAUUCAAGAAGUGGAGGCUGCACUCAAAGCUCUAGACCUAGCCCCAGUGACAAGUAUAGAACAAGAGAGUAAUAAAGAAAUCAAUCUGCCAUGCAACCCAUUGACUAAAACCACUGCAGAAGCACCUUGCAUAGUGCCACCCAAACCACUGCACCUUCAGGAUUCUCACCCCUCUGGUUUUUUGGAAUUGCAUGCUCUCAAUCAGGCAUCUGUUGGGGGAUCCAGCCAGCACUCUGGAGACAAUGUCCAUUUAUAUGGGGGCCGGAUGACCCAAGAUCGCCUGCAGGCUGUGUGGAAAAUUACAAGUGAAGCCAUUGAUCAACUCCAUAAGUCUCUUGAAUCAUGUCCUGGCAAGGAGACAGUGGCAGAAGAUCCGGAUGGGUUGAAGGUCCCUUUGCUGCUACAUCAAAGGCAAGCUUUGGCAUGGUUGUUAUGGAGAGAGAAUCAAAAACCUCAUGGAGGAAUUUUAGCGGAUGACAUGGGCUUAGGCAAGACUCUGACAAUGAUCGCACUCAUUUUAUCCCAAAAAAAUCAAGAACAGAAGAAAAAGAAAGAUCAAAAGCUUGUUGUAUGCCUCUCCAGAGAUGAUUCCACUAGCUUUACAUCCCAUGGCACUCUAAUUAUUUGCCCUGCUUCUCUGAUUCAUCAUUGGAAAAAGGAAAUAGAAAAACGUGUGAGCAACAACAGGCUGAGAAUCUAUCUUUACCAUGGAUCCAAUCGAGAGCAACAUGCAAAAGUUCUCUCCAGAUAUGAUGUAGUGAUCACCACUUAUAGUCUUCUUGCCAAAGAGAUCCCUACCAGAAAAGAAGAGGGAGAUGUCCCUGCUACUGAUGCCUGUGUGGAGGACUGCACAUCACCAUUGCUUCAAAUAGUCUGGGCUCGCAUUAUCCUGGAUGAGGCUCACAAUAUUAAGAAUCCCCGAGUGCAGACCUCCAUAGCUGUAUGUAAGCUACAAGCUUGUGCCCGCUGGGCUGUCACUGGAACCCCCAUUCAGAAUAACCUGCUGGACAUGUAUUCAUUACUGAGGUUUCUCCGUUGUUCUCCAUUUGAUGAGUUCAAGCUGUGGAAGAAUCAGGUUGACAAUGGUACAGCAAAAGGAGGGGAAAGGUUAAGUAUUUUAACCAAGAGUCUUUUACUGAGAAGAACAAAAGACCAGCUGGAUUCAACUGGCAAACCUCUGGUGAUAUUGCCCCAACGUCACUUUAAGUUGCAUCGAUUGAAACUAUCAGAAGAUGAAAAGGCUGUUUAUGAUGUCCUUUUCACAAAAUCAAGAUCAACUCUGCAGUCCUACUUAAAAAGGCACACGGGUGAGAACAAGCAGUCUGGAAGGAGCCCUGCUAAUCCCUUCAGCAGAGUGACAAAGGAAUUUGAGUCUUAUGCCCCUGGGUCCAGCACCACAGCCGCCUCCCAGUGUUCGAGCACCGUCCACAUCCUGUCCCUGUUGCUGAGGCUCCGCCAGUGCUGUUGUCAUCUCUCUUUGUUAAAAUCAACUCUUGACCAGACUGAGCUGAAGAAUGAAGGCCUGUUGUUUACCCUGGAGGAGCAGCUCAGUGCAUUGACUUUGUCAGAACUCCACACCCCGGAUCCGUCUGCCACCAUCAGCCUUAAUGGCACACAAUUCAACGUGAAACUCUUUGAGGACACGAGAGAGAGUACCAAGAUCUCAAAUCUGUUAGCAGAGCUGGAGCUGAUCCAGAAAAAAACAGAAUUUCAAAAAAGUGUCAUUGUGUCUCAGUGGACCUCCAUGCUGAAAAUUGUGGCUCUGCAUCUUCAGCGACGUGGGCUGACUUAUGCCGUCAUUGAUGGCUCUGUCAAUCCCAAACAGAGGAUGGACCUUGUCGAGGCCUUCAACAGAAGCUACAGUAAGCCUCAGGUAAUGCUGAUCUCUCUCUUGGCUGGAGGCGUUGGACUGAACCUCAUUGGAGGGAACCACCUUUUUCUUCUGGAUAUGCACUGGAAUCCAGCACUUGAGGAGCAAGCUUGUGACCGAAUUUACCGAGUUGGACAGAAAAAUGAUGUUGUCAUACACAGGUUUGUCUGCGAGGACACAGUGGAAGAGAAGAUCUCAUACCUGCAAUCCAGGAAGAAGGAUUUAGCCACACAAGUUCUGUCUGGAUCUGGCGAAUCCUUUACCAACCUCACCCUUGCUGACCUCAAAAUCCUAUUUGGCGUUUAAUUUUUCUAUCCAAGACAAAUCUGAACAACCUCUCUGGGGGAAUAUUCAGAUGCAUCUGCACUGAAUCCAUCGGUUCUUCUCUGAAGUGGAUCAUAGUUUACAAUACAUCAUGAUUCCUUUGGAGUUGUAGAGGAUCUUUGUAUUGGUCAAAGUGGUUCAAGUCUUUCACAACUGGUUGUUUACAGAUUAUUCUUCUGGUUCUUUUCACUUCACUUUCCAUCACUUCAUAUAAGUGUUCUUAGGUUUUCCUGAAACCUUCCCCUUCAUCAUUUCUUCCCUUCUGUGACCUCGUGAGGGGAGAGAAGUUAGGCAUAUCGAUUCUGUUUCUGCCCCUUCCCUGCUCAAUCAGCCCCUUUUUUCAUCUCACUCCCAUAGCCCCAGAAAGUGACAGUCAUGCUCUCUCAGAAAAACUGAGGAUGGAGCAUUUGUUUGUAAAUCAGUAUGAACACUCUGGGUAGGAAAAGGAGUUUAGAAACCCAAAGGGACAUUCUAUGUUUAGAAAAAAGGAGCUGUAGGGCUGGGAGGUUAUGGCUUCUAACAACCUUCACAGAACUGUGCAUCGUGUUGUAUAAAGCACUUAGCCAAAUCCUCAGGAAACCAUCUGUUACAAUGGGACUGGGUAACCCAGUUAAUCUCUGGAGACACCACUUCAUUUUGGCAUUUUCCUACCAGAGAAGUUUGUCCCAUAGACCUUCUUUCCUUCCUGGCAGGAGCCUCUCAGAGAAAGUCUACCAGGCAACUUUCCAAUUAAAUCAUCCUCCUAUUAUUUCAAUAACUUGGGGUUUUUAUUGGUAUUCAAAUUAUAAUAAACUCUGUGAAGUGCCUGGCA